CAAAGUAAAACUUUGCAUUUAAUAAUUUCACAAAAAUCAUUUUUAUCGGAGUUAUUUUAAGUAAACGAACGUAGCGUGUCAAUGCGAAAAAGUUGCGAAAAGAGUGGAAAACUGUCCAUGAACAGUAGAAAUGGUCUAUAUAAUCUAUAAUCUAAAUACAGUUUUGAAAGUGCAGGCGAAUAAUAUUUGGACAGGUGCAUGACUGUAUUUGUGGAUAGGCGGUAAAGUUGAAUACAACAGUGUUUUGACUUUUGAAAUCAUAACUUACCGAUGGAUUUUGUAGGAUUCCUAGGACUUAGCAAAUAAAUUUUAAGUUAUCAUGCACACGAUUUUUGUAUGUUUUUCAUUGCGUUGAUUGAUUUUCCAGUUAGGUAGUAAAUAAUUUGUGGGUGUCCACGGCUGUAUAGGGAGGAUGUCCAACGACCAGGCUUGUGCUAUUGAAAAUGAGGACAAUUUAGAGGUGCACGUUGUUGCGCCCAAAAUUCAGAAAUAUUACCCCCCAGAUGUAGACUUGCUGAUUAUCCACGCGCGGGAGGUUCCUCGACAUCAGACAGUACCUGAUGCUUUUAUCUUUCACAAUUUUCCUGUUAAAAUUGUAAAUUUGUUUGGCACAGUCAUCGCGAAAAGAACUUUUGGGACAAUGCAGAGCUAUUGUGUUAGCGAUGAUUCAGGUGCAAUCUGGAUUAAUGUCCCUGAGAAAGUUCAUACUUUGUCGCAUCAUGAGACUGACACUAAGGUCCUGAACAGUCGCUUGGAAAAGCAGGCAGGCACUCUGAAAAAUGGCUCUGAAGAUGAUGCCAUGGUACACGGUGUGCUCGGGUCCCUCAUGAAGGAGGUGAACCAACUGAUGAGCAGAUCGUCCGAGCCGCUGCCACUGGGCACCGUGCUGAAGGUCCGAGGCUGGCUUCUGGACAGCAAUGGCUUCAGGAAAGUCAGAGCAAUCCAGCUGUCCUUCAUUGAUGACCCGCACAAAGAGGCAGAGAUGAUGGCUUACCUAGCAAGUCUGUAUCGUCAACUGUACGCGCCCAAAUAAUACUAUUCUAAUGCUGCAAUUAAAUACACAAAUAUGUAUUACCAGUUUUACUUUUUUGUUGGUUAUUGCACAGUGCAUGACAAGAAAAUGCCAAAUCUAAAUGUAAAAUAUGCUAACUUUAUGAAUAAACAAACAGGGUUCAUAAAAAAUAAAAUCUCUGGUUUCAAAAACUAAACUGACCUAAAAAAAAAAUUAUGAAAUAUAGUCUCCAUGUAUGUAGUACGUAAUACCAAACUUGUUAAUAUUAAGGGGUCACAUGUUCAAACAAACUUAAUGACCAACCAAAAUCCACAGGAAGAGAUUUAUUUGUCUUAUGUUCCAUUGUAAUGGCUCAGCAAUACGCUGAAUAGUAUAAUGAAUUUCGUGAAUAAAAGAAUUGUGAAAAUCAAAUCAA